UAUAUAAACCUAUAUGAAUGCCUCUAUUCGCUUCAGAUGCAGGCAACAAAUCAACAAUCGAAGAUGCGUGCGUUCGCUAGUCUUAUACUACUCGCUCUGGCAUGCGCCAUUGAAGGAGCUCCAUUUCCUCAUAUCGUCGGUGGUAAAGAUGCUCCCAUCGGCAAAUAUCCAUAUCAAAUAUCAUUAAGAUAUUAUGGCUCGCACAGAUGCGGUGGAUCUAUCCUUGAUGACAGAACCAUAUUAACUGCAGCACAUUGCGUCGUAGGAAUGGAAGAUCAGCUGAAUAAUCUAAAGGUCCAUGCCGGCACAAACUUUAUGACUGCACCAGGAGAUGUCUAUGACGUAGGAAGUGUUUCCGUCAACCAACACUACGAUGACUAUUUACUCAUUAAUGACGUCGCUCUGAUUCACCUUAAUAAAUCUAUCGUAUACAACCCGCUAGUGCAACCGAUAAAUCUUAUGACAUCCGAUAAAGACCUUGAAAACAAACCGUGCACUUUAACCGGAUGGGGAACUACACAGGUUGGUGGAAAUAUUCCGAAUAACUUGCAAGAAAUUGAGUUGGUAGUUUAUCCGCAGGAAGACUGCGAAGCAGUACAAUGGAGAGUGAUAGAUAGUCAUAUCUGCACUUUGACUAAGGAAGGAGAAGGAGCGUGCCACGGUGAUUCUGGUGGACCGUUGGUGGCCGAUGGAGUCCAAAUUGGAAUCGUUUCCUUCGGAAAUCCUUGCGCACUUGGAUAUCCAGACGUUUAUACAAGAGUGAGCAGUUUCGUGCCUUGGAUUACCGCAAAUUUGAAGAAAUCCGUGGAUCCCCAGAUCGUCGGUGGAACUGAUGCUGUAGUCGGAGCGCAUCCUUAUAUGGUGUCUCUCAGACGUAACAAUGGUCAUUUCUGCGGCGGAUCCAUUAUUUCUAAACGUUAUAUUCUCACCGCGGCUCACUGUCUUAUGCAAUUUAAGGGUCCCGAGGAUCUCAAAGACGUAACAGUUCAUGCUGGCACGAAUCUUUUGAGUGAAGCCGGUGAUGUUUACGCGCCUGAAGCAGCUAUUAUUCAUCCUGAUUUUAAUCUGCUUUUAAUCCGUAACGAUGUUGGCUUACUCCGCCUAAAAACAGACAUAGAAUACAACAAAUUGGUGCAACCGAUCUCUUUCGCAAAGACGAAUUCCGUUCUAGUUGGCGACCCCUGCUUCCUGACAGGUUGGGGAACACUUAAGUACUUAGGAAAAGUGCCUGAUAAACUUCAAAUAGUCAACCUGAAAGUUUAUUCGCAAUUAAGAUGCAAAGCUGUAUUCUUGAAUGUGAAGUCCAGUCACAUCUGUGCAUUUUCACAAUAUGGACAAGGAGCGUGCCAUGGUGAUUCUGGUAGUCCGCUCGUUGCCAAUGGUAUUCAAAUCGGCCUUGCUUCGUUUGUUCGACCGUGCGCUGUGGGAUAUCCAGAUGUAUACACUAGGGUAUCCUCUUUCACGAAUUGGAUCGAUCAGUACAUCAAUAAUGAAUAAUAAAAUAAAAUAACUGUGUUAUUUUAUUAUUUAUAAAAUUAAAUUAACGCAGUAACAAUCGUUUUUGCAUCUUAAGAAACAUCUAAAUAUUCUCCAAUUUAAUUUGUAUUUAACAAUACUUUAUAAAAUAACGAGCACAUUUUGAUCAGAUAUAAUAUGACAUAUAAACAUCUAUUAACCUUGUAAUCGUAUCUGUUAAUCUUUAUGAUUAAAACAGAAUACGGUGCAAUAAUGGAUGUGAUGACUAAAAUUACAUGGAUCAUUAAUAUUAUAGAAAAGAUAAAUAUAAUUUGUGAAGCAUUA